AUGCUUAGGAUAACACUUUGUUCUCCUGUUCUCUCUGCUCGAUAGCUGUUUUAUCCAAAGCCAAAUUUUCGGAUUCUCAAUUUCGCAAAGCAUGUAACGCUAAAACCCUUCAAUAAGAAGAAUAAUCAUAACAUUCGGAACUUGCAAAUUCAAACUUUGAGGAAAAUGGGUUUCCAUGCACUUGCCAGUAGCAAAUCCUUCUUCACCAGCGAAACCCACCUUCCUUACCUUCCUUCAUUUUCAUCUGAUAGAAGAAGACCAACACCAACACCACUGACGAGAACACUUCAUUUGAAUCGAAGACCCAAUUCACUAAGGGUCUUUGCCACGCAGGAAGAGCCCCCGAAGCUCAAUAGCCAGGACUUGAUGGAACUCAAGUUUGGACGCUUACUUGGAGAGGACCCUAAGCUUACUCUCGCCAAGAUAAUGGGAAGAAAAGCUAACCCUGAUGCUACUUUUCUUGAUAUUGAGAAAUCGUAUUAUAAGAAGGGGAAACACGUUGAGGUGGAGGAAGUUCCAUUUGAAGGUUCUAAGGAAAGGAAGUCAUCGAGUAAAUUGGAUGGUUUGGGUUUGGUGCGGCCUGUUCCGGCUAAAGGGGCAAGCUUCCAAUCCAUUGAUAACAAAGUUCCAUUGGAGAUUAAGAAACCGAGCCAACAGCAGAGUAAUGCAGGGAAUGUCAAUAAAAGUAUUCUGAAAAGGCCACUGCAGAGUAAUGCAGGGAGUCUUAAUGUAAGUAGUGCUCCUAAUGUUAUUCUGAGAAAGCCAACCGUGUAUAAAGAGGAUGACGAGGACGUGUUGUCAAGGUUGAGAGUAAGACCAAAUUUGUAUCAGCACAUGCGGGAUGGACAAGUGAAGGAGACGUUUAGUGAUAUGUCGCUUUUGAGGAAGCCUGAACCACCAAUUGCCAAGGAUGAAGAUACAAACCAAGAGUCUUCUACUCGUUCGGACAAUGAAAAUGAUUUGAAGAUCAGUGUAGAAGAUUCAAGAGGUAAAGCUGGUAACUGGACAUUAUUAGAACAGCCUCAUAGACCGGAGAGCAACAAUGAUGAACAGUCUGCUGAUUCAAAUGUUAUGCUUAAAAAUGAUGAAUUGGAGCAGCAUUAUGAGUUCCAGCAGGAGCUGUCUGAUUCAAGUCAACUGUCAAAUUUAAAUUCAGUUGAUAAAGUGGACUUGUCUGUGCAAGUUCCACUACAGGGAAAGCCGCAAAGAUUAGACCAACAUGUGAAGCAAACCUCAGAUGUUGUUGAAGAGAAUGCUUUUAUGAAUACCGGAGGUUACAAAAACAAUGAUGAACUAGGGAAUCUUGUUGAUGUUUCAGAUUUUCAGGAGGGUGAAGAUGCUGAUUGGACCAGGGCAGAAGAUUUGAUUAGGAAUGGAGAUAGGGCAGAUGUGGAAAUAUUAAGUUGUAGUAGCAAAGGCUUCAUUGUAUCUUUUGGAUCUUUGGUAGGAUUCCUGCCGUACCGUAACCUUGUUUCCAAGUGGAAGUUCUUAGCUUUUGAGUCAUGGUUAAGAAAGAAGGGAUUGGAUCCAUCCAUGUACAAGCAGAGUUUAGACACUAUUACAACCUAUGAUGCUGAAAAAAAUAAAAUUUCUCCCAAUUCUCCUCUAUAUCAGGAGAAUGAUACUAAUGUUGAAGAGAAAUUUUCUCCAGAUAUGAAAAUGGAAGAUCUGUUAAGGAUUUAUGACCAAGAGAAAAUUGAGUUCUUGUCCUCUUUUAUUGGGCAGAAAGUUAGAGCAAAUCUAUUAUCCGUAGAAAGAAAAUCUAGAAAGCUCAUAUUUUCAUUAAAACCAAAAGAGAAGGAAGACCUACUUGAGAAGAAGAGAAAUCUCAUGGCUAGACUUCAGGUUGGGGAUAUAGUAAAAUGUUGCAUCCAGAAGAUAACUUACUUUGGGAUUUUUGUAGAGCUUGAAGGGGAGUCUGCACUAAUUCAUCAAUCAGAAUUAUCAUGGGAUGCCACCUUGAACCCAGCAUCAUACUUCAAGAUUGGUCAGGUUAUAGAGGCAAAAGUUCUGCAAUUAGACUUUGCUCUUGGGCGCAUAUCUUUAUCGUUAAAGGGAGUCACGCCCGAUCCAUUAAUGGAUUCCUUGGAGUCUGUAGUUGGGGAGCAUGGACACUUAGAUGGGAGACUGGAAGAAGCUCAAACAGAUGAGGAGUGGCCUGAAGUUGAAUCUCUCAUCAAAGAAUUACAAAAGAUUGAGGGGAUCGAGUCUGUUUCAAAAGGCCGGUUCUUCAGAAGCCCUGGUUUGGCACCAACUUUCCAGGUUUACAUGGCAUCGAUCUUCGACAAUCAGUACAAGUUGCUGGCUCGAUCUGGAAACAAAAUACAAGAGGUGAUAGUUGAAACGUGUAUAGAUAAAGAAAGGAUGAAAUCGGUGAUAAUGACAUGUACCAAUAGAGUGGAAUAGUGGCUGCAAAGUGCAAAAACUGCAUAUUCUUUUGGUGAGUGCAGGCUGCAAACCUCCAACCGAAGUUGAUUAUAG